AUGGCCAUUCCCAGCAUCCCCUAUGAGGGACGGCUUCUCAUCAUGGCGGACCCUAGAGAUAAGGCGCUUCAGGACUACCGCAAGAAGCUGCUGGAGCACAAGGAGAUCGACGGCCGUCUCAAGGAAUUAAGGGAACAAUUAAAAGAACUUACCAAGCAGUAUGAGAAGUCUGAAAAUGAUCUGAAGGCCCUACAGAGUGUUGGACGGAUUGUGGGUGAAGUACUUAAGCAACUAACUGAAGAAAAAUUCAUUGUUAAAGCUACAAAUGGACCAAAAUAUGUUGUGGGUUGUCAUUGACAGCUUGUUAAAAGUAAGCUGAAGCCAGGAACAAGAGUUGCUUUGGAUAUGACUACACUAACUAUCAUGAGAUAUUUGCCAAGAGAGGUGGAUCCAUUGGUCUACAACAUGUCUCAUGAGGACCCUGGGAAUGUUUCUUAUUCUGAGAUUGGGGGACUAUCAGAACAGAUUCAGGAAUUAAGAGAGGUGAUAGAAUUACCUCUUACAAACCCAGAAUUAUUCCAGCGUGUAGGAAUAAUACCUCCAAAAGGCUGUUUGUUAUAUGGACAACCAGGCACAGGAAAAACACUCUUGGCACGAGCUGUUCCUAGCCAGCUGGACUGCAAUUUCUUAAAGGUUGUAUCUAGUUCUAUUGUAGACAAGUACAUUGGUGAAAGUGCUCGUUUGAUCAGAGAAAUGUUUAAUUAUGCCAGGGAUCAUCAACCAUGCAUUAUUUUUAUGGAUGAAAUAGAUGCUAUUGGUGGUCAUCGGUUUUCUGAGGGUAUUUCAGCUGAUAGAGAGAUUCAGAGAACUUUGAUGGAGUUACUGAAUCAAAUGGAUGGAUUUGAUACUCUACAUAGAGUUAAAAUGAUCAUGGCUACAAACAGACCAGAUACACUGGAUCCUGCUUUGCUUCGUCCAGGAAGAUUAGAUAGAAAAAUACAUAUUGAUUUACCAAACGAACAAGCAAGAUUAGAUGAUAUAUUGCAAAUCCACGCAGGUCCGAUUACAAAGCAUGGUGAAAUAGAUUAUGAAGCAAUUGUGAAGCUUUCAGAUGGCUUUAAUGGAGCAGACCUGAGAAAUGUUUGUACUGAAGCAGGUAUGUUUGCAAUUCGUGCUGAUCAUGAUUUUGUAGUACAGGAAGACUUCAUGAAAGCAGUCAGAAAAGUGGCUGAUUCUAAGAAGCUAGAGUCUAAAUUGGACUACAAACCUGUGUAAUUUUCUGGAAGGUUUUUGAUGGCUGCGUGACAGAUACUGGGCUUAACGUAAAAAUAAAGUUAAGGAAAAUAAUGUAUGUAUUGGCAAUGAUCUCAUUA